ACGGAGUGGUACUCCUGCUUGUACUUGUUGAAAUGCCUGGCAUUGUAGUUUCUGAUGUGCGCUUUCUAUUCAUGCUUCUUGAAAGAGGGGAAGGCAAAUCUCGACUGACGCUUCUUGACACAUUCGGCGAUCUUUCAGCUUCUGCUCUGCUCCUUAGAGUAAAGGUUCUCCAUAGAGAGAAAUUUAUAGUCUUAGAAGGGCUGCUCUUCCGUCUUGAGCUCUUCGACCAGAAAGUUGGUCUGGGCGAACCGGCCAUUUUUCAAAUGCUGGAAGUCAAUGGCAUUGGUGCUUGCCACAUCCCUGGAAGAUACCCCACUGUUCUCACGCUCGCCAAACCGCGCUUGUACGCCACACCCCUAUGUCAGCAAACUUGAGUUUCGUUU